CGCACUUCCGCGGAUUGUCGGCGCCGCUGGGAGACCGUUCUGAGUAAGGGCCUGGUCAAGGGCGCCUUCACGGAGGAGGAGGACAAGAUCAUCAUCGAGUGCAUGCGCGAGGGGGGGCUCAGGUGGAUGCAGAUCGCGGAGCGGAUCCCCGGCCGCAUCGGCAAGCAGUGCCGCGAGCGGUGGACGAACCACCUGGACCCGAACCUGAAGAAGGGCGGCUGGACCCGCGAGGAGGACGCGAUCUUGGUCGAGGCGCAGCAGCGAUUCGGCAACGCGUGGACGAAGAUUGCCGAACUCUUGCCCGGCCGCGCGGAGAGCGCGGUGAAGAAUCGCUGGAACUCGGCCUUUUAUCGGCGCAACAACCUG